AUGGCUCCAUCUCUCACCAGCUCAGCGAACUUCCUUCGACCAAGAACGAGAGAUCGUGGUGAUGAGCGCCCUAGUACGCGGGAAAACAACCAGGAUCACAACCUCAUAAUCCCUAGCCGAACCUCCUCCCUCCACUCAAGGAUCACACAACCAAUUCCUUCUACACUUAAUGCUAAACCUCAAGCUCGAACACCAAAAACCCUCACUCAUGCCUAUAUGGUAUGCGGUGUUGGCCGAGAACCAGCACAAUGGGUAAAGGCUCCGGCUCCAGCGCAAGGAAAGAUCCAACAUAUGAAGGGUGCCGUUGGCCAAUUUUGGCUUCCCGAGAUUUUGGGUAGCAGCCCUCGACUCGAGCAGGAUAAUGAAAUCGCUAGAGCUCUUCACUCUGCAAUGAGGGCUUGCUUCCCCCACGAUGUCGAAAUCUGCACAGGACGCAGCCAACCUCAUUGUGUUCACCAUUCAUUCGUCCUUCAACAAGAUUCCUCGCACACUUUGUAUGGGAUAGCACUACGAGUUUGGUCCCGAGCCGACGAGAAGCGAGCGGAGACAAUUCGUGACUUGAGAAGGAGGACAGAAUCCGACUUCUACGACUCGGCUGAUGAAACAUACUGGAUUCCAUACUGCUUGUCCUUCCUUUCCAGAUACCCAUUGUAUAAUCUAUUGGGUGAUUACCUCAGAGGAAUGUGGAUUCAUUGGAACAAAGCUACCAAUCUUUUCCAUGCUGAAGAGGUCUCGAGGAUCUUGAGCUUUCCAGCUCCUAGGCUCAAUGAUCUCGUGCGUAUCGACAUGAAGGAUUACGCACUUUGUUACCAGUUUCCAUCUUCUCCGACAGGCUUCCAGAACUUCGCCAUGUGGCCAUUGUUCUCUUGCUUAUCUAUUCCUAACAUUGUAGGAGUAAUCGAGGCAGCUUUAUCGCCCACACGUCGCAUUAUCUUCGUUUCCCAUUACCCUGCCAUGCUCACGGUGGCAUCGGAGACUAUUCGAUAUUUUGUUCGAGUUUAUGAGUGGAGUGGUCUUUAUGUUCCAGUCGUUCACGCAAGACACGCUCAAGAACUUGUUCAGGAACCAGGACCAUAUAUUCUCGGAAUUACAGCAGAAUGUCGAACUCUAUUCACGGCACCCACAGAUGCUUUGGUUGUAGAUUUGGAUCGCAACUUCGUUUUAACAUCCAGUCCACCUACCGCUUUGACCGCUGGUCAACGCACAAAGAUGGUUAACCGCAUUACUCAAGCUCUGAAUGGUGAUGUAACACCUUCUGGUGUACCACAACAUCUUCGUUCAGCUUACGGUGGUGGUAAAUUAAUUCCAGCUGGUCAAAUCAUUGUUAUGCGAGGAGAAGUCGAGUCUAUCCAAGACCCGGAGUGGUGGAACCAGGAUGCUACCAUGGCCGUGAUGGAUCAUGUUUGUGAGAAGAUGGGACGAAACACGGGAAUCAAAGCUGUCUUUGGAGGAGCCCAAAAGAAACCUUUGAUGACUAAGGUUUCAAUGAGACAUCUUAACGAAAUCGUCCGCGAGAGAAAUCAAUACUCCCGAGAUGCUCUCGAGGCGUGGCAAGACUUUAUUAACCUCAAGGGUCGCAUGGAUACUGAACUCGGCAAAGUUACAAAGAGAAACAACUUUUUGGUUGAAGAACUCGAAAGCUGGAAACAACAAUUCCUUAAGUUUCAAGCUUUCGCUGAGCAACUUACCAAGGAGACUCAAGAUCUCAAGGUUAAGAUCGAAACCCACAAGCGAGAGAACAGACGUCUCACCACUCUUAUCGAACAACAGAAAGACGAUGCAGCUCGCCUUAACACCCGCCUUGCUGGUACGGAGAAGCAACGUGAUGAUGCUCUCGAGGCACUUGUUCUCCAACAAGAGAUGGGCGAAGAACUCACCCGUGAACGUGAGCGCAACCAGAAAGAACUUGCAGAGCUUCAAAGAACCAACUCAACUCUUCUUCGACAAAGAGACGAGGCACAACGCGUUGUUUUGCAUCUUCGCAGUCUGAUUGGUGGUCAAUCUCAUCACUUGGAACACUUGGUCCGUACCAUCCAAAAGAGUCCAGAUAUGAGUGAGUACCUCGAUGCCGAGUUUGACCAAGAGGACAGAGAUAUGGGCGAGAUUCCUGAGGAAAGCAAAGCCGGUGGUAUGCGAUCUUCAUCAAGAGAGCCUUCUGAGCGUGGGUCAUCUCGUGCAUCGUCUCGUACACCAUCUCGUUCAAAAAGAUUCAGCCGAUCAGGCGAUGAUAUGACACCUGAGAUGGAGGCAAGAUUGGUUGGUAGUGUGCGAAAUAGCAAACGUUACAGUGCAAUCAGCAUUGCAGACGUUGCCGAUCGUCAUCUUCGGGACAAAACGGAUGCUAUUGCUCACAUCAUCCGAAACAUUAGUGAUCAGUGCGCAGCUGCCGUGGAGGGUCUCAUGAUGGCUCAUGAUGCAGAUGCCGAGGCUGAGGAACUUGCUAUGAGAGAGAGGCAGAGAAGACACCGUGAAAGCAACCUUUCAAGCAUGGCAAGUGACGGCGAGCAAUCUGGCGAGGAGAGUAUGCUUCGUCCGAGAAGCGGACGCUCUUCCAGCAUUCCUCCUACCCCAGAGCUCAGUCACAGAUCUAGCACGGCAAUGUCUAUCUCUAGUUCCGUCACUACACCUGAAAGAACGAGUCAACAAUACCAUCCCAGAGACGACUUACCAGCCAAAAUUAUCGAAGAUAGCGAUGAAGAAAUUGGUGGUAGAAGCGACACUGGAAGUAUACGACACAGCCUGCAUGGAAAGCCAGGAUUGCUCCACCGACCUGCAGGUGCCAGGAUAAGUGCACUGGGUGGUCAUUAG